ACAUUACUCGCGCUCAUAAACAUGAAAGUGAAAGGAGCGAGGCCUAAUCCAUGUUCAUCUCCACAGGUAUUCAUCCUCGAAUUCCACCUGUCCACAACUGUCUGACUUAGAAAAGACGAAGAUAAAUGUCAAUGAUGGAAGAAUUUUGCAAGAUGUUACCAAAAGUGGAGCUACAUGCACACAUUAAUGGGUCAGUGAGUGAGAGUACAAUAGAGAAACUAGUGGCCAAGAAACAGAAACAAGACCACCAGUUUAGUUUUAAGAAGGGAAGCACAGCUACACUGAAGGAGUGCUUUGAGAAGUUCCGCCUCAUUCAUCAGCUGACAGACAAUGUGGAUGCUGUUUACCAGGUAACAUAUGAUGUGAUCCAUGAGUUCUGUGAUGACAAUGUCCGAUACCUGGAACUUCGGAGCACACCAAGGGAGGUCACUGAGACCGGUAUGACCAAAGAACUCUACGUUGAUGCAGUGUUACGAGCGAUUCGUGACUGUGAGGCAGAAAACUUGGACAUUGAAGUGAAACUGCUGCUAGCAAUAGACAGAAGAAAUGGGGUACAAGUGGGUCAGGACACGGUUAAGCUGGCACAGAAGUUCAGGGAAUCCCACCCAGACCUGGUGGUUGGCAUUGACCUCAGUGGGGAUCCCAGUGUAGGAGAUGGUAGGGAUUUUAUUCCUGUCUUUAAGGAAGCCAAGGACUUUGGUCUCAAGUUAGCUCUCCAUCUUUGUGAGGUCCCUGCACUACAGGAGACAAUGGACCUGUUGUGUCUACCCCCAGACAGGAUCGGACAUGGGACCUGUCUCCACCCGGAGGCUGGGGGGACCCAGGAGUUCGUGGACACCGUCCUGACCCACAAAACGCCACUUGAGCUGUGUCUGACCUCGAACCUGAUUGGUCAGACAGUGCCUGACCUGGACAACCACCAGUUUAAGUUCUGGUAUGAGAAGCAGCACCCCUGUAUUAUAUGUACAGAUGAUAAGGGUGUUUUUAGUACCUCCUUGACAGAAGAGUAUCAACUAGCAGCCGUGACCUUUGACCUUUCACCCAAUGAUCUAUGGCGGCUCUCCCUGGACAGUAUGAAUUAUGCUUUUUGUGAGGAACAUUUAAAAGAAAAGCUGAGAGAGAAGUGGAAAGCUGCCAAACCUGGAAUGGAAAAGCAAUUCAACCUAAAGCUCUAAACAUUGUUUUGUUCUUGAACUUUCUGCAAUAAUAGAUGAGAAACUAUUAACAAAUCAAUAAAGUGGGAAAAAAAACCCUGAUACCCAGCAA